GAGCCUUUGCACCCGGGCCCUCAUCCUCUGGGUUUAAAAUGAGCCCUGGGCUCCAAGGUACCAGGCACGCUUUCCAAGACUUCAAGAGCAUCUUCUGCACUGCUUUCUUGGACCUUGACCUCACUUCAUUUGGAAAUGGACCCCAACUGCUCCUGCUCCACUGCUGGUUCCUGCAGCUGUGCUGGCUCCUGCAAGUGCAAGGACUGCAAAUGCACCUCCUGCAAGAAAAGUUGCUGCUCCUGCUGCCCUGUGGGCUGUGCCAAGUGUGCCCAGGGCUGUAUAUGCAAGGGGGCAUCCAGCAAGUGUAGCUGCUGUGCCUAAAGCUGGGACAGGGAGGGGAGCCUGCUCAAAGGUGUUAUUAGAGCGUUGUAUGGAGAACGACAUUUAAUUUUUCUCAUACUUCCCCAAUCUGUUUGCUACAGUCUGUUUUCUUUUGUACAUUUGAAUGACAAUAAACUCCUCUAGUUAAUUUUGA